AUGUCUAAAUACACUUACCAACCUCUCGACAGGCCAAAUUCAGAGUUCCGAUUACUUAAAAUCAGCAAAGACCCUCUCACCCAUCAGCCGCAAUGCACCUUACAGAAGUACAAUUUGAUAGACUGUCCUAGAUAUACCGCCCUGUCAUACACUUGGGGCGAAGCGGCGCCAACUCAUAGUGCAGCAGUCGAAGGAGCGAAUAUCGAAGUACGCCAAAAUCUGUUCGACUUCCUACACGCCUAUACUACCGAGGUCUGGGGUAGUGCCGACACCGAAAAGCCGGUGUUCUAUUGGAUCGAUCAGAUAUGCAUCAAUCAAGAGGACCUUGUUGAGCGCAGCGACCAAGUCCGUAUCAUGAACAAGAUCUAUGAGCAUGCGAAAUAUGUGCUCGUAUGGUUAGGGUGCGAUUCUUCCAUGCUCGAGGCAGCGCGUCAGUUGCGAGACGAGAAAGAUGACGACGGGUGGGCCAUUGCCACUCUACUAGCCCACCCAUAUUUCUCACGGGUAUGGAUCGUCCAGGAGACUAUGCUCAGCGUAAACUCGCCUCUCAUUACUUGCGGAGGGAUUGAGCUGGAUUGGUAUUGUGUAGCCUUAGCGAGUAUAAUGGCAGAGCCAAAGCAAAGCUUACCGUUAGCCGCCUGUUUCACCAUCCAUGGAUAUGAUCGUGUUCGAGAAAGGCGUACCCUACAAUACUUUAUCCGAUUUCAUUGUGGGAGUAAGUGCCAUGAUCCUCGCGACAAAGUCUACGGGCUGUUAGGGCUUACACCUGAAAGAUGGCGAGUGCGUGUUGAUUACACAAAAGAGGUGCUUGAGGUAUACUUCGAUGCGGUGGCGGCCCUGUUCGAAGAG